AUGGCUGUUAAGAAGGUUGGCACUAGCACCAUUCAAAAACCUAUACGCCUACCGCCCCUGAACCGCUUAAGUGUCCGCGGUGCAAACACCGGAGGAAAAAAUCCUUGUCUCUCAUUAAUGAGUUCUGUUUUGACAUGCUGGGCAUCAAAUGGAUUUAACGUUGAGGGCUGUCAAAAUCUAGAGACGCAGCUGAGGACUUGCAUGGACACACCGAAUCAACGGAGUCAGAAGAGAAACACCAUAAACUAUCACCUCGCGCGAAUGCUCCCCAAUGUCGUUAGCCCGAAGAAAAGGAAGUAA